GAUAGGAGCAAAAUAAAUAAUUUAAUAAUUUAAAUAAAUAGUUUUGAGUGUUCUGCUUCUGACAUAAAAUUAUCGCCUAAACGAUUUGUAGUUACUAGUUAACUAGUUUACUCUUGAUAACCACUAACCUAGCGAAAACGCCCUUUAUUUAUUUCAUAAACGUUUAACAAUUUACAGUUUAAUAGUUAAAUUGCUGGAUAUUAAACUUGAAUCAAAAUGGUUUUACAGAUAUUAAGUACUUGUCAGAAAGUAGUAAACGAAUCUAAAGAUGUGCAAAUCAUUUCAUCAAACAUUCCAAAAUUGGCUCUAAAGAUUUAUACAUUGAUAGAAGAAGAUAAGCUAACUCUUGAUGAAUUCAAAAAAUGUCCAUUACAUCCAAAAAAUGAAGACGAAGAUGCAAUUAAUUGGAUAUUUAUUGUUGAUUCUUUGAACUAUUGUUUUUUUGAUCCCAAUAAUAAAUCCCAUUGGAGUGUUACUUGGAAAAAUGAAAAACAUACAGGAUAUUUUGGUUUAUGUGCUGCUAUUAACAGAGCCAUAGAAAAAGGGAUAAAUAUGACUGAUAUGAAAACAUGUUUGGAAUUAACAAGAAAUCAAUUGGAUGAAAUACUAUUAGGAGAUGAUGGAACAACUCUUCCUCUAUUACAAGAAAGAUAUUUGUGUUUACAACAAUCUGCUGACGUUUUAUUAAAAAAAUAUAAAGGAAGCUUUGUGAAUUGUAUAUUAGAAUCAAAUCGUUCAGCUCAGAAAUUAUUAGAAAUCAUUUCUGAAAACUUUUUUCAUUUUCGAGAUGAAUCUAUUUAUAACAACCAAACAGUUGCUAUUUAUAAAAGAGCUCAGAUUUUGAUUGCUGACAUUUGGUCAUCAUUCAGGGGUUCUGGUUUUGGAGAAUUUCAUGACAUAGAUACCUUAACUAUGUUUGCAGAUUAUAGAGUCCCUCAAGUUUUACUAUACUUCGGUGUUUUGAAAUAUUCAGAUAAUUUAAAAGAUACUCUCAAACAAGGUAUUCUACUUGAGCAUGGAGCACCAGAAGAAGUGGAAAUCAGAGCAGCUUCUAUUGUAGCAGUUAAUGAUGUUGUAAAUGAGGUGAAAAAAUUAAUGGCAAACAAAAAUGUACAUAAGAUUUGCAAUUCUAUUAUGGUUGAUACUUAUUUAUGGGGUUAUCGAAGAGAAAAUGCUGCAAUGUUGGAAGACACCCCAUAUCACAAGACAUUAAAUAUUUAUUAUUAAAACUAUGUUUUAAGAUAAUUUUUAUUAGUACAUUUUCAUUUUUUAAAGAACAAAAUAAAUAAAUAUAAUAUUUUAUAA